UUUCGAAUUUAAUUCGCUGGGAGAGCAGGAUAACUGUAGCUUCCUAUAGCCAAAUGGAAGCCCUAUAGCCCCAACCGCACCCUGUAUUCCCUUUGACAAAAAACCGACGAUAUGCAAAACGCUGAAAAAGUAACCAAAACCACAGAGAAAGAGGAACUAGAGGAAAACUUAGAAGAAGAUUCAGAACGAGUGCCUAGCCAAGAAAUCUCUCCGCCCAGAGACAAGGGGGAGGAAGUGAAGACCCGUUCACGCUUUUCGUCGGCCUUUCGCAGUCUUUCGAAGAGCAAACCCAAGAAGGAUAAAGAACGCUUGGAACGUGAUAAGAGCAAAGAGAAGGGCUACAAAAGCAGUGACGGCAUUGAGGAUCUUGCUGGCAUAGAGCCAAAAGAGAAAAAGAAAAGCCUAACCCGUCGUUUACUCUUGGGCAGUUUGCGUAAAUCGGCCAGAGUGCGGCCACACAGUCUGGCCACCAGCGAUGAUAUUAGCCUGGGCACAGCGGGCACUCUCUCUCCGACACCAUCCACCAGCAGUAGCACAUUGCAGAUAACUAUAAGUGGCAAGAAAAUUGAGCCACUUGGCAAGACAGUUGGCAGCAAGAAUCAGAGUCGCAGCUCAGCAGCCAGCGAAACGGAAACCACUGGGGAUUACCUGACACCUGAAGCGAUAGCAGAGGAGGGCAAGGUGAGUGGGAGUAGUGGAAAGCUGAAGAAGAAGAAGGCGGCGACAAAGGUGACAACAAAAGACACAACGAACACGACGACAAAGACGACAACAACGACGAGCACCACCAAGCUAAUUGUGGCCAAGAAGAGGCAACCGCUGUCAGCCACGGCCGGCGAAGAGAAAAUCGUUAUCACCGAGAGCAUACGAGACACGCCACCUCGAGAGCGAGCACCAGCCAAGCCGAGUCGCGUCAAUCAGUCGCAGUCGCAAUCGCAGUCCCAGUCACAGUCGCCAGUUCAGUCUUCACUAGGCACUGGGGCAGUACGCAAGUCCAGCGGUAGCAGCAAAUCGAGCAAGUCCAGCAAGAAGCUGGAAUUGAUGCAACAGCAGCAGCAACGUGGUCAUCGAGUCAUCCCUACAAGACCAGCGACAUUAACAGUGGCCAAUCCGGUGACACCAGAUCAGGCUCUAGAGCCAUUAGCACCCUCAUAUCCUCCCCCACCUCUGCCAGCACUAGACGAACAGCCAGGAGACGGCAGCGGUGACGCCAACGUCGGCGACGGUGACUUGGACGGCAUAUCUUCGGCAGAAAGUGUCCAGACGCAUCACCAAAGCAUUCCCGUGGUUCGUUUCGCUGUUGGUAGUGCAGUGCGAAGUCCUCUCAGUGCCUACGAAGAAGCCUUGGCUGCUGCAGCCGCUCAACAGCCUAGUUCUGGGGAAGAGCCAAGCGAUUCCAGCCUCAGAAAAAGACUCAACUUUGCCCAACAACAACAGCAUCUUCUCUUGGGAGAUCACGAUAGUAUAGAAGGUAGACGGGAGACAUUGCGCUAUCAGUCAGUAGCCAGCGAAUAUCAGGUCUCCGGCUCUUCUGAGGAUAGUACUGACGACAAGGAAAAAGAACCACAGCAGGAGCUGCAACAAUCCAUGCCGGCCUUUGGUGACCUGACAAUGGAAAUGGAACCGGCCAUCAUGACUUCCACCAGCGACAAACGAGAACAUUUAUACAAAAUUCUAGUCAUUGGUGAAUUAGGAACUGGCAAGACGUCGUUCAUUAAGCGUUAUGUCCAUCAGUUUUUUAGCCAAAAUUAUCGAGCCACCAUUGGUGUGGAUUUCGCCUUGAAAGUCCUUCACUGGGAUGCCAAUACGAUAGUGCGUCUGCAGCUCUGGGAUAUUGCCGGACAGGAGAGAUUUGGCAAUAUGACGCGAGUCUACUACAAGGAGGCAGUGGGAGCUUUCAUUGUCUUUGAUGUGACACGAAGUGGCACCUUUGAUUGUGUAAGCAAAUGGAAAGAGGAUUUGGAUUCCAAAGUACAGCUGCCUGACGGAAGUGCCAUACCCUGCAUAUUGCUGGCAAAUAAGUGCGAUCAAGAGAAGCAGGGUAUAGUCACGCAGCCAGAAAAAAUGGAUGAGUAUGUGAGGGAAAAUGGUUUUGCCGGCUGGUUUGAGACAUCUGCCAAGGAGAAUAUCAACAUUGAUGAGGCGGCUCGUGCCCUGGUGAAUAAAAUACUAAUCAAUGAUAAAUUAAUUACUGCCGACUUGGAUGAUGGAGAUAAAUUCAAUUUGAGCAGCUCCAAUGAUCCAAAUGGCCAGGAGGCCAAGAACAAGUGUUCCUGCUGACCAAUGAGCCGAGUCUAACCAACUGCAUGGCCCUAUUAGCCUUCAUACCAAAUUCCCAGUCUGAGAGCAUGUACACAUUGAUGCCUUAAGAUGAUUUUUUAUGUAAUAUUUGUCUAAGACUUAGCAUUCAUCCCCCUGCCAUCCGUCAUCUACGUUUUUAAGAUCAUCGUCAGCUUAUCAGGAGCAGUGCGUGAAUUUAUGAGUCCCUUGUGGACCCACGCCUACAUAAACUUAUCUCAUGCUAUUCCCACAUAUGCAUAUACAUAUUAUAAUCAGAGGUCCAUCUGAGACCCCGUUCUUAUUCCACAUUUUUAAUAUUUGUAUGGGAAUCCGAAUGGCGUUCGUGUAGUUUAUUUUUUGUUUGUUUUUUAUUUGCUUUGGUAGGCGCGAUGAGAUUGUUUUUUUAUCUUAGAUAUCUUUACACACACACACACACACACAUGCAUACACAUACACACAUUGCCAUCUUUAUUUGCAUUUAGAUAAAAAUGUACGUACUUUUUAUGCAAUAUAAAAAAAAUAAAGUUUUUAAUUGUAGUUAA